AUGGAUGGUAGUGACAUUACGCGUGAGACAUCAGCUGAACACAUUAUUGCUUCCUGUUCCAGUCUAUAUAUACAUUCACUUCUUCCUUCUUCAAAUAGCAGAGCAGAGCAGAGCACAUUCACACUCUUCCCCAUGCCUCUCCUCUACAUAUUAUUGCUUGGGUUUCUCCUCUCGCACACUCCUUGCUGUUGCUCUUCUGCACCUGCAAGCGAUACCCUCACUGAAGGUCAAGUGCUUGCCGUUGGCGACAAGCUCGUCUCGAUGAACGGCAAGUACGCACUUGGCUUCUUCCAGCCAGCAGCGAGCACCAUCAGUAAGUCCCAGAACACCACCAGCUCCAGAUCCAGCUCCAGCUGGUACCUUGGCAUAUGGUUCAAUAAGAUCCCGGUUUUUACUGUUGUGUGGGUUGCUAAUCGGGAGGAGCCCAUCCCCCAUCCCAACAUCAACUCAACAAAGCUCAAGUUCUCAAGUGACGGCAAUCUUGUCAUUGUCAUAAACCAUGGUGAUGCCGUCACUGAAUCCCUUGUUUGGUCCACUUGCAUUGUCAAUAGGACACAAACCAGUAGCAUAAACACCACCACCUCUGGUGCCGCUGUUCUCUUGAACAGCGGAAACCUUGCCCUACUCACAAAUAGCAAAGUGAUGUUGUGGCAGAGCUUCGACUACCCAACAGAUAUCGCGCUUUCUGGCGCCAAGCUUGGCUGGAACAAGGUCACCGGUUUCAGUCGCAAGUUCAUGUCAAAGAAGAGCCUCAUUGAUAUGGGUCUCGGCUCAUACAGCCUAGAACUAGACACCAGCGGCGUCGCCGUCCUCAAGCGCCGCAACAAUCCCUCUGUAGUCUAUUGGCAUUGGGCAUCCUCCAAAACAUCAUCACUGAGUGUUAUACCAACACUCAAGACAAUAAUAGAUUUGGAUCCACGCACCAAAGGCUUGAUGAACCCGAUAUAUGUUGACAAUGACCAAGAGGAGUAUUACAUGUACACUUCGCCGGAUGAAUCAUCAUCUUCCCUGUUUGUCUCACUAGACAUCUCUGGUCAGGUCAAGCUGAAUGUUUGGUCGGAAGCCAACCUUGCUUGGCAAACCAUAUGUGCUGAGCCUGCCGAUGCUUGCACUCCAGCUGCUACCUGCGGACCUUUCACAGUCUGCAAUGGCAAUGCACAGCCAUCCUGUGACUGUAUGGAGAGCUUCUCUCAGAAGUCACCGCAGGAUUGGGAGUUUGAUGAUCGAACAGGAGGAUGCAUCAGAAACACGCCUUUACAUUGCAGCACCAGUGCUAACAACCAAAACAUGACAAGUUCAACAGACAUAUUCCACCCCAUUUCUCAAGUUACAUUACCCUACAACCCACAAAGCAUAGAUGUUGCUACCACUCAGAGCAAAUGUGAAGAAGCUUGUCUCAGUUCCUGCUCCUGCACUGCUUAUUCUUAUAACAAUAGCAGAUGCUCUGUCUGGCAUGGUGAAUUACUUAGUGUAAAUCUGAAUGAUGGCAUUGAUAAUAAUUCUAAAGAUGCCCUUUAUCUUCGCCUUGCUGCGUCUGCCAAGUUUGAAAAGAGGAAGAAAAAAGCAACAAACAUUAGAGUUGUAACUGCUGCAAGCAUUAUUGGUUUUGGAUUAUUGCUAAUGCUCGUGCUGCUGCUACUGAUUUGGAAGAACAAAUUCAAGCCAUUAUACAACAAUCAAGGUAGUGAUGGUGGGAUAAUAGCCUUUAGAUACACUGAUUUAGUGCGUGCUACUAAAAACUUCUCAGAAAAGCUGGGAGGAGGUGGUUUUGGCUCUGUGUACAAAGGAGUCUUAAAGGACUCAACUAAUAUAGCAGUGAAAAGACUUGAUGGUGCCCGUCAAGGAGAGAAGCAAUUCAGGGCUGAGGUGAGCUCAGUUGGACUGAUCCAACAUAUCAACAUUGUAGAAUUGAUCGGUUUCUGCUGCGAAGGUGAUCACAGGUUACUUGUGUAUGAACACAUGGUAAAUGGGUCUCUUGAUGGUAUCCUAUUUGAGAAGGGCAAUGCUGCUUCUGUCCUAGAUUGGAACACCAGAUAUCAAAUAGCCCUAGGAGUUGCCAAAGGAUUGUCCUACUUGCAUGAGAGUUGUCACAAAUGCAUCAUACAUUGUGACAUUAAGCCAGGAAACAUACUCGUGGAUGCAUCAUUUGUUCCUAAAAUCGCAGACUUUGGGUUGGCUGCGUUUGUGGGGAGGGAUUUUAGCCGAGUUAUGACUACAUUCAGAGGAACUGCUGGUUAUCUUGCCCCAGAGUGGCUUAGCGGAGUUGCAAUCACACCAAAAGUUGACGUUUACGGCUUCGGCAUGGUACUUCUAGAAAUCAUAUCAGGAAGGAGGAAUUCCUCACUAGAAACACCAUACAACACUAGAAGCAGCACCACCAGGUACCAGAAUGUUGAAUAUUUCCCUGUGCAAGCCAUCAGCAAGCUUCAUGACGGAGAUGUGAAGAGUUUGGUGGAUCCACAGUUGCAUGGUGACUUCAAUUUGGAAGAGUCUGAAAGGAUUUGCAAAGUUACAUGCUGGUGCAUCCAAGAUAAUGAGUUUGAUCGGCCGACUAUGGGUGAAGUGGUCCGGGUUCUUGACGGUCUACAGGAGAUUAAUAUGCCCCCUAUGCCAAGACUGCUUGCGUCUCUAACGGAACAGCUUGGUGCCGCAACUCCAGUGUAA